AUGUGGCGAGACCGCACCAACCUCUACAUAUCAUACCGGCAGUCCUACGCCCACCAUCCUCGACAUCGCAAUCGCUAUGGCCGGACACCAACACCAGUUAACGAGCGUUUCGGCGGUAGCGCUGGUGCCAGCAGCGGCGUUCUAUUCUCAGCCGACGACGACCGGCGAGGCUUGCUGUCGGCAGGCGCCUACGACACAGUGGACGACGGCGAUGCGGUGAUCGAGAUGGACGUGCUCCCCCCGCGCUGGGUCGACAUAUCGGAUGAGGUGACAGAGAAGCUGGCGGAGAUUGCUACCAAGUCCCAAAAGCUGGACCGGUUGCACCAGAAGCAUGUGCUGCCCGGUUUCAAUGACGACGAUACCAAGAAGGCCGAAGAGGCCGAGAUCGAGCGCCUGACGCAGGAGAUCACACGCGGCUUCCACGACUGUCGUGGGUGUAUUCUACGCAUCGAGCAGAUGGUGCGUGAAGCUAAGGCCAGCGGGCAGCUGACGCGCGCCGAUGAGGUUAUGGCGAAGAAUGUACGCGUCAACCUUGCUACGAGGGUGCAGGAGGCCAGCGCUGCUUUUCGUAAGAAGCAGAGCGCAUAUCUCAAGAGUAUAGACAUGGCCGGCGUGGCCAGCGAUAUCGAGCGUGCAGCAAGCCCCUUCCCAGGAAGCAGUUACAGUAACAACCCGUCCCUUCUCGAGUCCGAUGCCGACCGUACCUAUUCGGAAUCGGCGAUCCAGGCGCCAACGCACCAGAAGCUCUUGCAGUCCAACGAUGCCAUCAUUUUGCAGCGCGAGCGCGAGAUUGAGGAGAUCGCGCAGGGUAUUAUCGAGCUGUCAGACCUGUUCCGCGAACUGCAGACCAUGGUCAUCGACCAGGGCACGCUGCUGGACCGUAUCGACUACAACGUGGAGCGCAUGGCGACUGACGUCAAGGAGGCUGCGCGCGAGCUCAAGGUCGCCGAGGGUUAUCAGAAGAAGACAAUCAAGCGGAAGAUUAUCUUCCUGCUGCUGCUGCUUAUUGCUGCUGUUGUUAUUCUGCUUAUUAUCAAGCCGAAGAAGCAUCGGGGGUAG